GCGUGUGUAACAACCUGGUGAAUCAUACACGGAUCUUCAUCGGUGUGUUCGUCUGUUGCGUACAACGCACUGAACUGCCAGUCGCAAUUUUAGCGAAUUCAUUAACCGGUUCGGUGGCUGAUGUAAAGCGACGAACCUUUUGCCUUAUUACUACGAAGACGUCGGAAGCAGGAAGAGGCGGCAAGUGGUGCGUGGUGUAUGCCACACAGCCGAAUCUCGGUCUGUGCUUUUGCGUGGCAAACUCGUCGGCAGGUUGUUGACAUACAAAUUGCGCAAAAACUAGCGAAACGAAAAAGAGGCCCUAGCAACCAAGAAGCUGUACACGCUAAUGGAAUAGGGGCCAGGUGAAGAAACAAAUCGUUUUAUUCGAUGUAUGUGGUAGCCGAGGAGCUGGUCGUCUCAACUACACCACCGCUCGGCCGGCAAAAGUAAUUAUGCUCUCGACCAAGAAGCUUUUUACCGAGCACUUGCUAACCCUCGCCAUCACGCUCAGCCUGCUACGGAUCGAUCCGGAAAACUAUCUCGAUCUGCAAUGGGGCGGCCGGUUGGCCGGCGUUGGCGAUGCCGGUGGCUGGCAGCUGGAACUGCUGGCGGCCCCACCCGACUACUCGAACCAGUCGUACGUCAAUCGUAAGUUUCUGCCACCGAUUAUCGAGGAUCUGUCCCGCUUUGAGCAGCCGUACAUCGAGCAAAACUAUCGUGGUGUGCAGACGUACCUGCUGAAUGUGCUCGACUCGAAUGACAGCGCCUCGACGGCGACUACGAUGGCCGAAGAAAGGCCACCGUCACCGGUGCCCUCGGGCGGCGGGGUGGUCGGUGGAGGGAGCGUAGUCGUUCCGGCCGUGCACAAUGCGACCGUGACCAUGCUAACGAACUUCGAUGUCGAGGCGGAGGACAUUUUUCUGCGUACCGGUUUGUUCGAGGAUUCGGCCUCGGUGCUGGAGCAGAAUAUGGCCGAUCUGAACGACUACGAUGCGAUCCUGCUGGAGAACCCUACGGCCAAGUAUGAUCCCAGUGGCGCUAUUGCGCCCGAUUUCGAAAGUACCCUCGCGAGAGCUCGAUCGUUGAUGGCUACGGCCAGCAGUGAUGCUAGCCAAAAGACUAGGGGUGUCGAGGAAGCAACGGCCACUACCAGUUCCACGGUAACACCAACGGCAGUCAAACAUCGCGAGUCGAAUAUUCCGGCCGUCUCUGGGGCGAAUAAAACGCACGUCGACGAAGACGACGACGACGAUGAGGAGGAGGAUAACAAGGACGAUGUACGGAGGGAGAUUGCGAAGCGGACAAGCACCCAGCAGAAGCACCUAGUGAGCACCGAUGUGGACAGUGAUGAAGUGCGUGUUAAAGAGGAAGUUGUCCCGGAAGAGCAAGAGCCGGCGGAUAUGAAUGGCGGCUCGGUGCAGGAUCUUACACAGGAGGAAAUGGAUCUGAUCGAGGUGCUCUGGAAGCAGGACGUGGAUCUUGGCUUUACGCUCAACAAUGCGGCCCUCGGCGGUGCCCCCGAUGCCACCGGAACAUCGACUUCCGACGCCAGUAUCAAGUGCGACAGCGAGGACGACCUGGAGAAGCUGAAAGUUCUGCUCGAGAUCAAAAAUGAUAAGAACACGGACGAAAAGCAAACCGAAUCCGCGGAGGAUGACAGUAAUCUACCUGAUCCAUGGGCCGGUCUGUCCUAUACCAUCGAUACGGAAACAGGCGAGUACGUUCUGAACAGUUCGGACAUCGAGAAUAGCCUGCCGCCCCCGUUGGCCGAUCUGUUCCUCGAGGAAGGCCUGACGCUACCGGAUCUCGGCGAAUCAGUGGAGGACACGAUCGCCGAGGCCAAACCAGAGCAGGACCAGGAGGAGCUCGCCGAGGUGCAGCGCAUCGAGCAGGAGCUGCAGCAGGUUUCGGUGGACGGCGGCAUCUGCCUGGGAGCGAUCGCGACCAGUGCCAGCAGCAGCAGCGCUGCCAACCCGGCCGACACCGACGACGAAGCGUCAGCAACGACGACGACGUCCGCAACGACGACCGCUGCCUCGGCGACGGCAGAAGCAGCAGCAGCAGCAUCGAUAACGUCCGACGACGCUCUCGAGGACGGCCCCGUGACCGAUGAACUAGAGGAUCUGCUCUGCGACAUGAUGAUACAGACGUCGUCCCACUUCCAGCACACGCGCCAGAACACGCAAGGCUACGGCCAUGGCGCCAUGACUAGCUUCCGGCAGACGACGACCGGGACCGGCGGUUACCAUCACCAUCACCAUCACCACCACCACCAUCAUCAGUCCCGUGUGCCGCUGAGCCGAGCCGUUUCGAUGGAACAGCGCUGGCAGGACCUGGCCAAUCUGCUCAGUUUCCCUCCCGGCAUGGGCGUCGGAAUGGGUGUUGCCGACAUGCCACCGUCCCACCCGUCGCACGCCCACUACCCAUCGCACUAUCCCUCCUAUCAGCCCACUGGAGGCAUUGGAGGCCCGCAGCAUGGCCAGUACCAUCAUCCGUCGCACGCCGCCGUCCUGCAGAAUGCAUCGCUGGCCGAUAUCUCACCGGCCCAGCCGCAUUACGGCGCGAACCUUGGCUCGGCGGUCGCCACCAGCAUGCAUCUGACCAACUCGACGUCCGAGACGGAUGCUGGCACCUCCGGCUACAAAAUGGAUCCCGAAAUGAUGUACUACUCGAACGCCUCGUCGGAAAUGAAUCACACCGAUGGCUUUCUGAAUUCCAUUCUGAACGAUGAAGAUUUGCAGCUGAUGGACAUCGCCGUUAACGAAGGUAUGUACACCAUGCGCAUGCUGGAGCACAAUGGCACCGGCGGCAGUAACUCGAGCGGAGGAAUGCUUGGUGUCCCCGGGUCGGCAGCGGUGUCCUCCAACCUGGUGGGCCAUGCAACGCACCCGCACCAUCACCAUCACCAUCUGCCACUGAUGUCGGCCGCCAGCGGUGGAGCCGUCGGUGGGGGCAGCCUGCACAACGCCAUGAACGUAAGCGCACUAGUCAACGGGCCGUCGUCGGCAGCGUCCGGAUCGUCCGGAGCGGCAGCGGGAGGUGGCGCGACCACCGGAGUUGGCUCCGGUACGCCCGGUGAUCGACUGGAUGCGUCCAGCGACAGUGCCGUAAGCUCGAUGGGCUCCGAGCGGGUGCCGUCGUUGUCGGACGGCGAGUGGGGCGAUGGUGGCAGCGACAGUGCGCAGGAGUACCACAAUGGCAAGUACGGCGGUCCGUACGACUACAGCUACAACCAAACGAGUGGCGGUGCGCCACCGAGCAGCCGGAUGGGCGAGCAUGGCACACGGCAGGCACCGCCGGUCGCCCAGAAGAAGCACCAGAUGUUUGGCAAGCGGUACGCCAUGCAGGAGCAGAACACCAGCAGCAUCCCAUCGCUUCACUCGUCGCCGAGCAGCGGGGCGACGGUCGGUGGACCGAAUGCGGCGCCCAAUAACAGCGUGCUAGAAGCGGCUACCGGUGGCGGUGGAGGUGGCGGUGGUGGUGGCGGAGGCGGUGGAGGAGGUGGAGGCGCCACCGGAGGCGUGCUGUUGCCGACGGCGAUCAAGUACGAGUACGACUACAUGAACGUGAUUGGUCCGAACGCAGCCACCUCGAUUGGGGGGCCCCUGGAGGGAGCCGUCGCCAAGCAGGAGGAUCACCAGCAGCAGCAUCUCCAGCAGCAGCACCACCACAACGGCACGCACCACGAACCGUCGACGGCGGCGGCCGCCGCAGCAGCAGCAGCAGCAGCGGCAGCGGCAGCCCUCACCGACAUGAAGUACCCGUACGGGCUCGAUUUCCCGCGCAAUCAUCACCACCCGGCGGGACCGAUGGGGGCCCGCAAUCUGCAGCCACAGGACAUGGUGCACCACAACCACUCGUACACGCUACCGUACGCCACCCCGAACGGGACGAACGGUGCGCAUCAUCACCACCAACCGGGCAAACCGCAGACGCGCGACAAGGCUCGCUCGUUGCAUGCCCGCAAGGCCGAGGAGGAGCACCUGACGCGGGACGAGAAGCGCGCCCGAGCCCUGCAGAUACCGAUCGCGGUGCACGACAUCAUCAACCUGCCGAUGGACGAGUUCAACGAGCGGCUGUCGAAAUAUGACCUCAGCGAGAACCAGCUUUCCCUCAUCCGGGACAUCCGCAGGAGGGGUAAGAACAAGGUGGCGGCGCAGAACUGCCGCAAGCGCAAGCUCGACCAGAUCGUGUCGCUCGCAGACGAGGUGAAGGACAUGAAAAUGCGCAAGGAGCGGCUGCUACGCGACCGCGAGAUCGUUCUCUCCGAGCACAAGAAGAUACGGGACAAGUUCUCCGUCCUCUACCGGCAUGUGUUCCAGAACCUCCGCGAUGCCGAUGGAAAUCCCUACUCCCAGGAACACUACAGUCUGCAGCAGAGCGCUGACGGAGCGGUCGUCCUGGUGCCGCGCAACUCCGAACGAUCUACCGGCGGAGGUCCAAGUCACGGCAUUAACGGCACCACCGGAGGUCACUCGACGCUGCACCAUACCCUAUCGUCCGCUUCAUCGUCGGCUCAUCACGGCAGCAGCAAUGGGCAUCUGCAUCACCCGCAUCAUCUGCAUCAUCAGCUGCACCAGCACCAUGGUCACGGUCUCCUGGGCGGCGGUCCAUCGGCAAUGGUUGGCGGUGCCUCGAACGGCAUGAACGGCUCGGGGGCAUCACACGUGAUGAGUGGCGCAGGAGCGAUGUCAGGUGCCGGAAGCGCCGGAAGUAGCACGGCAGCCGCUAGUGGUGGCGCCAGCAGUGCGGUGGUUAAUUCGAACGGUACAGUAACGACGGCAGCCGUGGUGCACCAGCGCACGAAGGAGUAGUGCCGCCCGACCCACCACCGCGGUCACUCUCCCGUUCGAUUUGAUUGCCCCCUUUUCGCCCUAGUGUGCGCGGAGUUGGAGCAGUCCUCUAUCUAGCGAGCGAAACGCUCCGAUUCCUUCAUGAAUGGAUUGCAGUCGUCACGUUUUUCGAGUGAAAGAAGGGAUCUACGUCUUGUGAACGAUGUGUACCGGUGUUCGAGCAAGAGAGGCCCCGUAUUAUCGGGCAAUCGCUCGAAGAGACGCAUCAGAACUUUAUCGUAACUCACUGCGACUUCUUCUGGGCCUACGCGCACAGAUUUCUGCCCCGAGCGCAUUUGUUGAUCGAAAGGCGCCGUUUCGUAAACGUUUCAUAGCAGAUAAAGAUGCGCAUGGUUCGUGUCAAAGAAUAUUUCUUUUUCGUUAGCAAGGUUCAUCAAGAAGUGCAAUCUUUAAUCAGUUACAAUGCGAGUCCCAACAAUCAGCCUACAUAACCUACUAUCGCUUGCUUGGAUCGAACCGUAGAGCGGUGUUCUUUGGUUGGAAUGGUAGAAUUCCCAUUGGCAAAUAGUACAAACAUCCCCAUGGAAACCGUACUAGUAACCUAAAAGUGCAUACGCACUAUACUGUUAACAACCCGUACUAUCCCAAAUGGAAAAUUUCCGUUGGCUUUCGAAUGGGUGUAUUACCAAACAAUUGUUCAGUCAAAUUUUAAAUAGCAACUAAAUUAUUCUUCCCCAAAUUUGAACUGCACAUAGCGCACCUGUGUGCCCUAUAGCAUAAUGUAAUGACGCAGCUACACUGCAUUCUUCGCUGUGACAAGUGUUUGUAUGUACAUUCCUCCGGAAAUACAUGAUCUUCUGAUUUCCACCUUGCACCGCGUUCGGAACGUUAGCUCCGAUAACGUGUCGUACAAGAGCAGAAACCAGAAAAGAAAAAUCCCACAUUUGGACACAGGAUGGUUCAAAUUUUUGUUACUUGAUUUUACAAUUUCUUCCCCUUUUCCUUCCUCGGAAAGACGCAAAAAACUUUUUUUUAACAUUUUCCUACCGCGUUUUUGGUGAACCCCUGUGAAAAUAGUUGUAAAAUCGAGUGAUGCACAUUGUGAUGGGGAUAGUUUUAAUUUACAAUGUUGGCGCUUCGACUAUCUUUUAAGCUGAAGCUAAAGCCCAUACUAAUAUGCCUAGGAAUG